AUGUCUGGGUUCGCGCCACCACCACCACCAAUUUCAUCAGCAUCAUCAACUUCUCCAGGAGAUGCCAACAUUUUGGAACGAUUUGAAGCCGUGGCUAAGAAAGUGGAAGAUGCCAUUGAUACAUAUUGUCUGCCAUUAAAGCCUUAUGUUCCUGGAAUUGGCAGAGCAUUCAUAGUGGCCACGUUCUAUGAAGAUUCUCUUCGAAUCAUUAGUCAAUGGGCUGAACAAGUGUAUUAUUUGCAUAAUUACAAACACCGGUGGAGAUGGUUGACGGUAUUGUUUUUGUCAUUGAAUGUUCUUUUGAUGCUGGUUGCUUCCUCACUUUUAGUGGUUAGAAAAUUAACCAAUGUAUCAACUUCAGUCUUGGUUGGUGUCGUGGUGUUCCAAGGGCUCUUCUAUGGGUUGAUCUUGGACCCUCAAUUCUUAUUGAGGAAUUUGUCAGUUGUGGGGGGAUUGAUUUUGGCAUAUUCUGAUUCCAUAGUUAGAGACAUUAGAAAGCUUUCAAUUGCUGGGAUCCCUCAAUUACAAAAUCAAGAUAAUAAGAAAUACUUUUUACUUGCUGGUCGUUUGUUAUUGAUUGCCUUAUUCACCGGGUUUGCAUUUUCAGCCAAGUUUUCCUUUGGUAGAUUGCUUAUCAUUGUUGUUGGUUUGAUCAGUUGUGCUUCAAUAGUGGUUGGCUACAAGACAAAGUUUGCUGCUUUUGUGCUUACAGUUCUUUUGUUCACUUACAAUAUGUUUGUCAAUCAAUUUUGGAACUAUUCAAGUCACGAUCCCAACAGAGACUAUUUGAGAUAUGAGUUCUUUCAAACUUUGUCCAUUGUUGGGGGUUUGCUUUUGAUUGUCAAUGCAGGCGCUGGAGAAUUAUCCUUUGAUGAGAAGAAGAAGAUCUACUAG